GUGUAAUAAGACAAUCCAACUGUAAUCGUUUCUGAUCUUCCCGCCGUUCCUCUCUCACACACACAGAAACAUAAACACCGACGGAAGGACAGUCGAAGAACUGCAAUCCAGGCGUUAAUUUGAUACAAGGAAGUCACAUUAUGGAGUCGUCUCGACGGGCGACGGCGAGAUUCAAGUUCUUCAUCCUUAUUUUGUUUUUAUCGGCGAGUCUCCGUGAAUUUGGAUCUUCCGCCCAACUUCUGCCUGAUGAAGAAGUGGAAGCUCUAGGUUUAAUAGCUUCAAAGCUACAAUAUACUGGUUGGAGUACUGUUGCUGCAGAUUCAUGCAGCACAGGUCGAGGGCUUAAUCAGACAAUUACGGCGAACGACCGGGGGCUUAUAAGAUUCGGUAGCAAUGUAACAUGCAACUGUAACAGCACUGUUUGCCACAUAUCAAUCAUCCAGUUAAAAGGACUCAAUUUGACAGGAGUUCUGCCUGAAGAAUUUGCAAAUCUCACUUUUCUUCGAGAACUAGAUCUGACUCGCAACUAUAUCAAUGGCACUAUUCCAGCAAGUUUUGGGCGGCUUCGUCUUAGCAUUUUGAGUCUUUUGGGGAACCGCCUAAGCGGUCCCAUACCUGAAGAAAUAGGUGAUAUUUCUACCCUUGAGGAGCUGAUAUUGGAAGACAAUUUGCUUACUGGACCACUUCCUCGAAACCUCGGGCGCUUGCCUCGAUUGAGAAGAUUCCUUGUUUCUGCAAAUAACUUUACAGGAACCAUACCUACAUCGUUUGGCAAUCUGACUAAUAUGGAAGAUUUUAGGAUAGAUGGGAGUACUUUAUCAGGGAGAAUACCUGAUUUUAUCGGAAACUGGACAAGACUUGAUAGACUGUGAGUGUUCUUUUACUUUCUCUGUUGACCGUUUCACAUCUAAAAUUUUGAUAAUAUAUAAUCUAUUGUGUAGUGAUU